AUGAAGUUCUUCCCGUCCGCCGCCCUUUUCCUCCUUGUUUCAGGAGCAGUUGCUCAAGGUCCGACUACCGGAGAAGAGGAACUGGCUGCCCGAGGCGAACGCCUCAUCGCUCGCGGCGAGUAUCUUAUCGCUCGAGGCGAGAAACUCAUGGCCAGAGGGCCCAAAACUACUAAACCUAAAGAACCUCCUACUGGUGGCAGGGGAAAAAAGCGUGGCCCAUCAUCUCGGACAAAUUAUGACAAUCCCAACCAUCCAGGCAAUGCCCCAAAAGGGGGUUGCAUACAAACUCCUCCCUACGGCGAGUGCCUUUUGCAUGAUGGAGGGAAACUAAAGCCCAUUCCUUGUGGUUCUGAUAGUCCGUGCCGGGUCCCUAAUCACAAGUGCACGUGGACUGGAGGCAAUGCCGUUUGUGAUAAAUAA